AAAUUCAGGGUGGCUAGCCACUUUCAAAGUUUGAAUUGAAGCCGUUGAGGAACCAACAAGAAAACAAAUUAGAUUGGGAGGAGAGAAGUGCUUUCUUUUUCCUUUCUUUUCUUUUCUUUUCUUUACUUUCAGGCCCCUUCUGUGGUAUCACGCGGAGGGGUUUGAUGAGAGGGUUUUUCAUUCUUUAGGACAAAGUUUAGACCUUUAACAGAGCCUUCUUUGUGAUUUUUUCUUUCUUUCUUUCUUUUUUUUUCUUCUUGUUGGUGGGGGUUUCUAGUUUUGAAGAAGGCUCUGUUUUUAGGUUAUUGUUUUCGUUUUCUUUUCUUUCUUGCUUUGGUUGGUGAAUUUGAGAAAAUGAUAAGGUGGUGGAUAUCUGCUCUGCAAUUAACAGAGCUAUUUGUUAGUGUUGUAGUGCAUGUGGUUUAUGGCCUUUACAUAUUUAGCUCAGCUGUGGCUGGUGAUCUCUCACAGAUUCUAAACCAAUGGUUUUGCAAGCCUAAUAUGAAUAUUGUGGUGAAAGAGGAGGAGCCCAGAGGAACAUCAAAAACCACCACCAAUGGUGAUAGCCUGCCUCCGAUUGUGUUGGUUCAUGGAAUCUUUGGAUUUGGCAAAGGGAGAUUGGGAGGUUUAUCGUAUUUUGCGGGGGCUGAGAAGAAAGAUGAGAAGGUUCUGGUGCCUGAUUUGGGGUCCUUAACCAGCAUAUAUGAUAGGGCUCGCGAGUUGUUCUAUUAUUUGAAAGGCGGGCAAGUUGAUUAUGGGGAAGAACACAGCAAGGCCUGUGGGCACUCUCAAUUUGGACGGAUUUAUGAACAAGGACACUAUCCUAAAUGGGAUGAGGAUCACCCAAUUCACUUUGUUGGGCAUUCCGCUGGAGCACAGGUUGUUCGAGUGCUGCAGCAAAUGCUUGCUGAUAAGGCUUUUAAGGGAUAUGAGAACACUUCUGAGAAUUGGGUAUUAAGCCUCACAUCCUUAUCUGGGGCCUUCAAUGGGACUACAAGAACAUACUUUGAUGGGAUGCAGCCAGAAGAUGGAAGAACCAUGAAACCAAUAUGUCUGCUUCAGAUCCUUCGCCUAGGAGUGAUAAUUUAUGAUUGGCUUGACAUACGCAUGCUGAAGGAUUAUUAUAAUUUUGGAUUUGAUCACUUUAACAUGUCAAGGAAGCAAAUGGGAAUUUUGGGUCUUCUUGAUUGCCUUUUGGGAAAUACUGGUCCAUUUGCUACAGGAGAUUGGAUACUUCCUGAUCUUACAAUUCAAGGGUCUAUGCAACUCAACUGUCAUCUUCAAACGUUUCCCACUACAUACUAUUUCAGCUAUGCUACUAAGCGUACUAGAAAAAUAAUGGGUGUCACAGUUCCUUCAAGCAUCCUUGGCAUCCAUCCGUUGCUUUUUAUAAGAGUGUUGCAGAUGAGCCAGUGGUGUUUUCCUCCAGAUGUCUCUCCCCCUUACAAAGGAUACAGGGAUGAGGAUUGGCAGGAUAAUGAUGGAGCACUCAACACCAUAUCCACUACUCACCCUCGUAUCCCAAUCGAACAUCCAAGUUGUAGCUUUGCAAAUGAUUCUGAAUGUCUACCCUUGCAGCCAGGAAUCUGGUACUACAAGAUUGUGGAAGCAGAUCAUAUUUUUUUCAUUGUGAACCGAGAAAGAGCAGGAGUUCAAUUUGAUCUCAUAUAUGAUAGCAUCUUUGAACGUUGCAGAAAGCAUGUGAUUAGGAAGACUGUACAAACCCUACCGAACGAAACAAAUCCCCGCCAAUAGUUUAAUGCAGUGACCAUACAACUAGAAGAGUUAACCAAAAAAAAAAAACAAAGGAAAAAAAAAGGACUUGUCACAUUGCAUUGGUACUCAAUUCUUUUAAAAUAUGACAACUGCAUUGGUAGUA